UGAAUUGCCCCUUGGUGUCAAUAGCUCCGGCCACUCCAUUCCUCCCUGUAUUUAACGAGACGGAUCCUCCGCCCCCCAAUCAGCACCCGCGUCCCCAUCCACUUCCUGUCGUAUCCUCAUCCAUCCCACCUCCUCUCCUCCUCCAUCUCACUUGCAGGCCAUCCAGGACCCACUCGGCAAGGCAUCACGUGUGCAAGCUCCCAUCACCCAACCCAAGCCCACCCAUUCUUUCGAGCUGGUGGUUCUAUAAGACCAGCCGCAAGCGGCCCAUUCUGGCUUGGUAGGUCUCAGAGCCAUAGACCGUGGGUUUGUAAAGCCCCCUAGAUGAUGUAAAGAGGCUAGUUGUAUUAAUAAAUAUCACCCUGUCGAGAGCAUUGGAAGCAUAACCUCCCCCGAUGGAUAUAAGUAU